AUGGAGGAUAGAAAAGCCUUAAAGUAAUAAUAGUAGCUACAUAUUAGCAAUAAAAAAAAGUCAUAAAAAUCUUAGUCUAGUGCUUAUGAUCAUUUUGAAACAGAAGAGGAGUUUACAGAAGAGCUAUCUCCUUUGGGACUUAUAUUUAGUAAUCAUGCUUUGACACAUAGAAACCCAUUAUUGUCUGAUAAAGGUAAUGCUUAAAAUGGAAGAAUAUUGACAGAAGGUGAUGGUUAAUACAAAGUCAAUUUCAACUCAAACAAAGACUUUGAAAAUUAAAACUCACUUAGAUAACUUGGCAGCAAUCAAAAAUAAAAGAAACCCAAGAAGUAAAUCUCUAAUAUGGCAUUAAAAGAGGAUUUGAUACCUCAGAAAAUCAAAAUCAAAAGAGAGAUAUCAUAAUCACUCAAAAAUUUCGAUGAAUAACAUCACCGUCGUAAAGAAGAGUAAAAAUAUACUUUAUACUAAAAAGGGGAAGAUGAGCUUACUCUUAACCCUAAGAAAAGAAUUUCAUCAAUGGAAGAUCUACUUUUAGAGGAAAGCGAGAGGCAAGACAAUUCCUCUUCAGACUCUUCAAGAAUAAUAAAUCCAAACAUAAAUCUUAUAGAGGAAGAACACAAAGAGGAAGAUGAGAAUAACUAUUAAAAGGAAAUGAACCAAUUGAUAAAGAUUGAAACCAAGUUCUUUCACAGACAGUCCAAUAAUAAUCUAAGGCUUUCAAUUUCAUCUCUAAAUCAAAGAGACAGAGAGUUAAUUAGAACAGAGACGGCAGAUUUCCCUAUGAAGCUUCUUACACAUGCUCUCAUAAAUGUUGAAAAUAAUGGGGUUCGUAGAAAUAAUUUAAAUUAACUUUCUAAUCAGGAUAUUUUACAAGACUAGACUCCAGAGGGGACGCCUAGAUUUCCCACUGAUGAAGAAAUUGAGCAAGAAGAACUUAAAAUGCUACUAACUUUUGCCUUCAAAGAUACAGAUGAAAUAGAGAGAUAUUAAAAAGAAAUGUCUUUCAUUAUUAAUUAAGAACCUAUAAUUGAGAGACCUUUAGAAUCCAAAAUAAAAUAAUUAAAGAUCGAACUCAAAAGGGAUAGGCCAAGUAAUAAAAAAACUUUAAUUUUUACGAGCAUUGACGGCUUAUUUUUAUUUUCAUCUCAUGCCUAGAUUGUUAAAACUUGUGAUUGUACUAUUAAAAUUAGAAAAGAUGGAGUUAAAAGAAACGUGAAAAUAUUUUUUAGACCACAUCUCUAUACCUUCAUCAAAACAAUGAGCUAAUUCUUUGAAAUCAUCCUUUAUAUCAGAGAGGAACAGCCUUGGGCAAAACAAUGGGUCGAUGUCCUAAACUAACUCAUGGAUACUAAUUAAUCAUAAAAGAGGCCUAAAUCUAACUCAAGGCAGAAUAAGAAUGAGCCUGAUAAUUCUCAACAAAAAAACCCUAAGUAAUUCUUUGACUAUGUUCUUACUAAGGAGCAUUGUAUUAUUGACAAACCUAUGAGAGUUAUUUGCAGGAAUAAAGAUUUGUUUUUAGAGGGGAGAUCUAUCAAGAAUGUAUUGUUUAUUGCAAAUGACUUAAGAGAUAUGACCUUAGUUCAUUAAAAUGCGAUCUUUGUCAGAUCUUAUCAUGGAAAUAAGUAUGAGAAUACACUGGCAAAGUUAAAGGUUUAUCUAUUGAAAUACAUUUUGGAAUGUAAUGAUGUAAGGGAUGUUGUAAAGAGAGAUUUCUUAGCUCAUAUGAAAUCGAAGAAGUAGAAUAAUGAACCUUAAAAGUUUGAGAGCCGUACAACAAAUAACUCGAAGAAACGAUCUUCUAAAAGCAAAAAAUAAUCAGAUUAGCCAAAUCUGAACAAAUGA